UAGAGAAAUAAAACAAAAACAUUAACAAAACUGGAUACCGAAUCAAAGCAAUGGGAAAACAACCCCUGUUAAUUUCCCUCUCUCGUCUCUCUUUUUGAUUGAUCAGUGAAUUUUCUCUCAAUUCUGUUGCUUUGUCGCUGUUCAUAAUUCAGAUCCUUCAAUCACUUAAUUUACCAGUAUGGAAAAUGUAGAACUUGUUCCGGAAAAAGAGAAAAUUGAAGACGGAAAAGAGGGAUGUCUCGAAUAUCAUUGUGACCAAUAUGAUACAGAAAUUGUUCAUAAAGUAGCUCAAGUAUUCUUGCCUGGACUAGCAUCAGCUUGUGUGGACAACACAACUGGUGUUGGUAUAUUUAGUACUCCAGCUUCAGUGGCCGUUAAUCUGAGAAAAGAAAUGAUUGAUUAUCUGACACAACGGAGUGAAAGUUUUGUUGCUGAAUCUGUUAUCUUGGAAGAUAGUUCGAAUACUGAGGUAUCUGACCACCCUUAUGAUAUCAUUGCUGAUUUUGUUGAUGACUUUGCGAGUUUAAAAAGGAAUCUCUUUAGUCGGGUUUCAGGAUGGGUAAUGAGUGAAAAGAGAGAAGACAAUAUAGAUGAUUUUGCACAGGAAAUGGAAUUAAAUGGGUUUUGGUUGGUAGAUAGGAGAGAAGUAGUUGCCCAGAUUUUGGUAAAGAAUGUUGACUUUAAGAACUUGUUUCACUGUGACAAGAAGUUUAACUCUGCUGCAGAGCUAGCCGACCAUGUUAACAACUGUGAAUUCCGGUCUAUGAACUGCACAAAUGACGGGUGUACAGCUAUCUUUUGUGCAAGCCAUAAGGAGAAUCAUGGUACAAGUUGUCCUUUCAAAAUAAUCCCAUGUGAACAGAAGUGCUCAGAUAACAUCAUGAGGCGGGAAAUGGACAGGCACUGCAUAACAGUUUGUCCAAUGAAGCUUGUGAACUGUCCGUUCUAUGCUGUGGGUUGUCAAUCUACGAUCCCGCGAUAUAUGAUACAGCAACAUUGUUUGGAUGACCUUCAAUUGCACUUGGUAUAUGCACUUAAAAAUAUCCACAAGGGAGCGUCUGAGGAGGAUUUGAAACAACGGGUAGAUCAGAUAGUGCUGUCGUCUUCUGGUCAGCUAGAAGCAACUAAAGAUGCGAGAUCUCUAACACUUAGAGUAAGGGAUCUUGACGCGAAGCUUGGACCACUAGAAGUAAAUCCUACGAAAAACGCUAGUGAAAAUUCAGUAGAGGCUGCAAACAACAUUACAGAUAAAUCCGACAAGGCUGAAAAUAAACUUAUUAGAGAAUCAUCUGAGGUUAGAAAUGACAGUAUAGAAAAUUCAACCAACUUGACAGAAGCGAUCAGUGAAAAUUCCAGAGAGAUUUCAAAUUUGAUAGCUCAUGAUUUGGAAGAAAAGAAGUCUGAAGUUUCAACAUAAAUCCCUUCUGCCCUCCUAACAGACCUCGGUUGUUAAUGACAGAUUCUGCUGGAAAUUCACAAUGCAACUUCUCUCAAGUGCUCGGACACCAGCUUCUCCGAACAGUUUUGUUCUUUAUAUACAAUGUUAUACUGAAAUUUUUUACGGCGUCUCGCUAUGAAAUGCUUUUGAAACUCCAGAACCCUGUUUUUAUAACUUUUUCUAAUAAAAAAUAUAUUUUGUUGUUUCUCA